GUUCCUGUCUUUUUUGUGUAUAUGCAGAGCAUAAAGUAAUCAUAGUGGGACUUGAUAAUGCUGGAAAGACUACUAUUCUUUACCAAUUCUUAAUGAAUGAAGUGGUUCAUACUUCUCCAACCAUAGGAAGCAAUGUAGAAGAAAUAGUGGUGAAAAACACUCAUUUCUUAAUGUGGGAUAUUGGAGGACAAGAAUCAUUACGGUCAUCGUGGAAUACGUAUUACUCAAACACAGAGUUCAUCAUUCUUGUUGUUGACAGCAUUGAUAGAGAGCGACUUUCUAUUACAAAAGAAGAACUUUAUAGAAUGCUGGCUCAUGAGGAUUUACGGAAGGCUGCAGUUCUCAUCUUUGCAAACAAGCAGGACAUGAAAGGUUGCAUGACAGCUGCUGAGAUAUCUACAUACCUCACUCUUAGCUCCAUAAAGGAUCACCCGUGGCACAUUCAGUCCUGUUGUGCUCUGACAGGAGAAGGAUUAUGCCAAGGCUUGGAGUGGAUGACCUCCCGUAUUGGAGUGAGAUAGCUUUUUUUUUUUUUUUUUUCUUUUCUCCAAAAGAAGAGACUUCUAUUUAUCCUGUGAACAUGUACAUUUUUCUGUACUUCCGGCUGCUGAGGCAGUGACCAUGUUUAAUUUAUAUCAGCCAACCCCCAAGCUGUACUUGAAUCAAGUGCAGUUGAACUGAAACACAAAGUAUUUUCUUAACUUUUUUUAAUACACUAAUCUUCAACUGGAUGAACAUAUGUGAAUCUGGUUUUAAGCAUUGAAAUUCUUCUGAAUAUGUAUUCUAACUUUUUCAAUGAUAGCUUUUUAAAAUCUGUUUUGUCAUUGUCAAUAUUUCAUACUUCUUCUUUCUAAAUAGUUUAUAUAACUUACUAACAAAUGAGCGCAGUUUGUUUAGUAAUGAAAAAGUAGUGGGUAGGUUGACUUUACUCUGGCAUAGCUUUAGCCUCUAAGGAUAACCAUAUCUCCAGCUGGACUACCUGGAACGUCAGUAGAGUUCUAGCCAGCAUGGGAGUUAAGUUAUGAAUGCAAAUUUUUAAAAGCUGAAAGAGUUAGUUAUAGUUAAUAUUGUGGUGGCUUUUAACCUGAUAUGUAAUUGAACUUCUGCCUUAAAAGAAUCUACUUCAUUCUCAAUUUCUCUGGUAAGUAGUUCUAAGAUAUGAUUCUUCUUCUUUUACUUGAAAAUACAUCUCUGUACAGUGCAUAAAAAUUUUGUUAUUAAGUGCUGGUUUAGUCAUUUAGAACUUGAAUACCUUUUUUUAAAUAAACCUCUUGAUAAUUACAUUUGGAAUCACAGCGGCCAGUGUUAUGUGUAGACUUGCUGUAAUCUGUUAAAAUUUUAAAUACUGUAUACAUGAGCCUUCUUCACCUUUUAGUGAGAGUGCUGUUUUCUAAAUUAAUGCAAAUCAGAAGGGAAGCCAGAUUUAUAAACAGAAGAAAGUCAUGGUGCUGUAUUUGUAGACUUCAGAGUGAAGCUGAUCUUUACAUUUAUUUACCUGCUAUCAAAUAUGUUUUCAGAUUCUGUUACAGAGAAAAAAUUUGCCUUAAUUAGUCUUAUUUACAGGAGCAGAGAACUUUUGAUGGUGUUCGAAUUAGAUUCAUUUGCCUGAAUUUAGGAAGUGAAAGUUGAAAAAACAGAGAGCUUCCAUUUGAAAAAAAGAUGUUGAAAGAUUUGACCUAGUAACUUUUAAUUUAGUUUGAAGGGAAGAAGUUAGAUCUUUAAAGUGAAUCUAAAGCUAUGGAUGAAGUUAAAUGAGAACAUUGGAUGGCAAAAAAUACCCAAACAUCCGAGGAAAAAAAAUUAAAAAUAAAACCUAUAGUGGACACCCCAUUCCUAGUGAAAUCCCAACAGCAGUCAAGGAUGUAAUGUACAUAAAUGCUUGGCAGGCUUUCCAAAAGCACCAUUCUUCACUUUUGCAUGCCUAAACCCCAUGUGGAGUCUGGUUACUAGAACCAUUAAGCUAAUUGACUAGAGUUCUUUAAAAACAAAUGUUUUUGAUAAAUAUUGUGAUAAUUCAUGCACACUGAGUUUUCUUUACUAAAAUUUUAAAUUUUUUAAAUUUCAAUUUGACCAUUUUUAUUUGAUCAAAGCUUAAUGAAGUUUUAAACAUAUCAACAAAUAUGUUGUCAUAAGUGUUA